AUGAAAGGUUCUGAUACGCCAGAAUUUGGUAAGUGUAACUUUGGUAGUAAGCCCACAGCACCUGCAGUGUUGAGUCAAACACAGACUACAUCAUUAUCGAAUCAGACUACACAGCAUAUUACGGAAAUUUUUGGAUCUACUGCUGAUGCGCCUGUAUUUGGUUGUCAGACAACUACCGCUCACCCGACAUUUGAAGGUAUGAAUGCAGAUGGAACUUGUUCACGGUUUGGAACUCCAACAGAAACAUCAACAUCUAACGGAGGGUUAUUUGGCCAACAAACUGCAGGCAACACAGUCUUUGGCGCAUCUACUACUGGUAAUGCAUAA